GACGGGGGGGAGGGUGCCUGGUACUCGGCUGCUGUGGAGGCUGAGCAGCCACCUGGAUGCUCUGGAUCCCGGGAGCUGCCGGACAGAGCCAAACCAGAUGGCGAGGCGGGGGAGGAAACCGAGAGUCCGGACCGGGCCUGGACUCUUCCCUUUUCCAAGAGAAGCGCUCAAACAACGAGAUUCAUCUUUUACAAACAUCAAAGCCAUGUCUAAGGGAUCAGUGUCAUUCAAGGAUGUGACUGUAGACUUCACCCAGGAGGAGUGGCAGCAACUGGAUCCUGCUCAGAAGGCCCUCUACAGGGAUGUGAUGUUGGAAAACUAUUGCCACUUUAUCUCUGUGGGGUUUCAUAUAACAAAGCCUGAUAUGAUCCGCAAGUUGGAACAAGGAGAAGAGCUAUGGACAGAGAGAAUUUUUCCAAGUCAGAACUAUCUAGAAGAUGGGGACGCUGAAGGUAUUUUGGUGAAAUUCAAAGAACACCAAGACAGGCAUUCUAAAUCUAUUGUAAUCAUCAAUCACAAAAAACUAAUUAAAGAGAGAAGUAAUAUUUAUGGGAAAACACUUACACCAAGUAAGAACCAUAUUAUUUCAAAAACAUUAUUUGAAUAUAAAUCUGAUGGAAAAGUUUUGAAGACUAUCUCAGAAUUGGUUAAUAGGAAUACAAACUCUAUAAGAGAGAAGUUUGGUGACAGCAAUGGAUGGGAGAAAUCAAUUCUGAAUAACAAGCAUGAAAAAAUUCACACUGCAGUGAGUUUCCAUAGACAAAUAGAAAAGGAUCUUUGUGCUAAACAGGAGCUUACUCAGCAUCAGAAGAGUCAGAUCCCAGAGCAGCCAUUUGAGUGUAAUGAAUGUGACAAAUCCUUCCUUAUGAAAGGAAUGCUGUUUACCCAUAAUAGAGCUCACAGAGGAGAAAGAAACUUCGAAUAUAAUGAUGAUAAGAUUGCCUUCAUAGAAAAGUCAGAUCUUGGUCUCCACCCACAUAAUUUCAUGGAAAAGAACCCCUCUUCAUACAACAAAUAUGGGAAAAUCCUUUGCAGAAAGUCUGUUUUUAUUAUGCAUCCAAGAUCACAAAUGGAAGAGAAACCCUUUCAGUGUCCUUACUGUGGGAACAACUUUAGAAGGAAGUCAUAUCUUAUUGAACAUCAACGAAUUCACACAGGUGAGAAACCCUAUGUUUGCAACCAAUGUGGCAAGGCCUUCCGUCAGAAGACAGCCCUGACUCUUCAUGAAAAAACCCAUAUAGAAGGGAAACCCUAUCUCUGUAUUGACUGUGGUAAGUCCUUCCGCCAGAAGGCAACCCUCACUAGACAUCACAAAACGCACACAGGGGAGAAAGCCUAUGAAUGUACUCAGUGUGGAAGCGCUUUUAGAAAGAAGUCAUACCUCAUCGAUCAUCAGAGAACCCACACAGGGGAGAAACCAUAUCAGUGCAAUGAGUGUGGGAAGGCAUUUAUCCAGAAGACCACCCUCACUGUGCACCAGAGAACUCACACAGGAGAGAAGCCCUAUAUUUGUAAUGUAUGUGGGAAGUCCUUUUGCCAGAAGACAACUCUCACACUCCAUCAGAGAAUUCAUACAGGGGAAAAACCAUAUAUUUGUAAUGAGUGUGGGAAGUCAUUCCGCCAGAAGGCAAUCCUUACUGUUCAUUACAGGAUACAUACAGGGGAAAAAUCGAAUGGAUGUCCCCAGUGUGGGAAAGCCUUUAGCAGGAAAUCAAACCUCAUUCGCCAUCAGAAAACACACACAGGAGAGAAACCAUAUGAAUGUAAGGAAUGUGGAAAAUUCUUCAGUUGCAAGUCAAAUCUCAUUGCCCACCAGAAAACCCACAAGGUGGAAACUAUGAGAAUUCAGUGAGUAGGGUGAUUUUUUUGUAAUAGUGUUCAGUGAUUUAAGAUUCUGUACCAUACAUUUACUGUUUGCUAACCUAUAACAUACACAAAUACUACUGGAUAAAUUAAAUGGCAAGAAUAUUUGAAAAUAAAAGGUUAAAUUUUU